GUUCGUGAAUCAAUCGAAUCGUAACCGGCUAUUGGACGGUGACCGUGUCGAUGGACUAAGUGAGGGAGAGAAGUUGCAUUGGAGGUAAUGUCAUAUUUCUUCGAGGAUCGUCAAUACCGACAGGUGAAGUAGCUGUUAGCCUAAUACCUCCUGCGAUCAACGGUGGCGGCGUCGAUAGACGUCUGCAAUGAAGGCGCCACUGUCAUCAGCUCUCAUCCCACAGGCCAGUCGGCGAUGACCAACAGAGUUCCUCAGUUGAUAAGACCUUGCCUAGUCGAAAACAUUAAAUCUUAUACUAGUCAGACUAUCGCAGGGUACCCACGCAGACACUAGCGACACUGUACUCUAACGAGAUAGCAGUAUUCUUGGGUCGAGAAAGAUUACUGCGAUUUUGUCCGUCCGACGUUUUUGUGGAGUUCGACAGUUCCGGCUGGUCCGUUUCGAGUGGAGCUAAUUCGUAGUUUCUCGUUGAAAUGGAUACGCUGGCACAAGAAAAUCCAGAUUUUUUCGACCCAAUCCCGUUGCAUCCUCUUCUGCGCCAUCGGCGUUGUCACGAAAAAGCCAUGUUCGAGGAGAAUGUGCGAAGAAAGGCGAUACAGCUCGUAACAUUGAUCAAGCCUGAAAUCAUCUUGUACACAACAAAGGAUAACCCCGGAGCUGUCUACUAUAUGGAGUUGAGCAUGAAUAAAAAGCCCAACAUUGGAAAGAACGGAUGGGUUUAUCAUUUUCGAAGCAAAGUUGUAGCGAUACUAAAUCUAUCAUUCGAACACCGGGUUCGGGUCGGAUUUCUUCUUACGGACAAUACCAUGCAAAUUGCCUUGAUUGAUCAAGAGUUUCGUUGGCAAUCGAAAGGGCAAAUACGUGGUGCAGCUUUCGAUUUAGAAAGAUCCCAUCUCAUGGUCUACAGCCGCACUUUAAAUGCUCUUUUUUGGCCAUUCCCGAGCGAGCAGUGUGACGACGCCGAUGCUCAGACCGACGAAAAAAAAUGGGACGUACAAAUGUGCAACGUGAAUAUCCGUCAGCAAAUCACCGUUUUACGCGGACUGCCCGAAAUGGAGUUACAGGCACUCAAGGACGAACUUGUCAUCUUGUUUCGCCGGCACGGAGUGCUUUUCCUCGAAUACAAACAACUGAAACCUCUGCUACCUAGCCAUGCGGGGUCGAAUCGUUUAUAUAUAGACAAAUACGAACGUUAUCAUGGCUGUAUAGCUCAUCGUCACACAUCGCAUCUAGGUAGGGAUCAGAACGACGGACGUACAAACGAAACCCGCGAUUGGUCUGACCGAAUGAGGCCUCAUGAUGAAGAUUCAGCCAUCGGUUCAACUUUUUCGGACUCCACUGAAAUGCCUCCGCUACAGGGAAUACACUGGAGUCCAGACAUGACGUACUUCGAGUCUAUUAACGAUCUCAAUGCUUUUAAACCAAACAGAACGAAAGUCGUCUUGAGAGGCCAUUGCCAUAGUAAGGAUCAGAAAAGGCUAUAUGAUAGAAAGACGAAUAAUGACGAGGUGAAGCGAGUGAUAGCCCUCUAUGGUGACAUUGUUUAUAAGCUCACACCAAGUACCUGCGUGCCCCUCACGUCGAUAAAGGUGCCGAUUGAUCUGGUCGAGCCAUUCCAGCUGAUGUUCCUGAGUCGAAUCGUGGUUGUGUACAACAACCGAACAAUCGCUGGCUAUAUGAACUCGUCAACGCCGGUCAAAGUUCGCAAGGGGGAGUUUCUCCUAGCAGGUUAUGGUAUCGUCGUGGACAAUGACGGCAUCUUCAGAAUCAAAAUGUCGUUGCCGAAGUCAUACGAAAAUGAAGAGAGAGACCCCUAUCAACACCCGCCAUCACCCUUUUUGCCAAUUCAAACGUAGUGCGUUAUCUCUGUCGACAUGCUUUGGCGGCACUUUAUUAAAAGUUAAACUAAAAACAUCGAAUAGAGAAAAAAAAAACAAAAAACUUGGGACAAAAAUGAGCAAAAAAUCUGAGUCAAUGUUUUCUUAAUUUUUUUUAACUCUUGGCACCAUAUAAGUGCAGCGAUAUUUUAAACCAAU